UCUCCCUUGGGGCCUGACGUGUUCGUCUUUGCGAAAUGGGAUUCCGAUCUGCCUUUCUCUCCUUGUUUUCGUUGCUUUUGGGGUUCUGAUUUGAGCAGAUGAACUUCAGAACUUGUCGGAUCUUUACCACUGUUUCACUCUAUUCGUGUGUGUUUCUGAAUGGAGUCCUUGUGUAAUUGAAGGUAGGUGGAAAUGGCGACUGUUCGGGGGAAACUGAUCUGGGAGAUCGUGAAGAGUAACAACUGUUUCUUGGUGAAGCAGUUCGGCAGAGGAAACGCUAAGGUUCAGUUUAGCAAGGAGAGCAACAACCUCUACAACCUUAACUCCUACAAGCACUCUGAUUUUCAAUGGACAAAAGUGCAGAGAAAUUAUCCCUUGUUUCGUGAAUAAUUGACGUCGCAAGUGACACUGGGAGAUCGAUGUAUAUAGCUGACCAUGAUUUGUUCUUAAAAAGUUUGGCCAACAAGAAGACGGUGAGCAUUCAGGCAGCAGACAAGGAACAGGCAGUUGUGCUCGGCACCACCAAGACCAAGAAGCAGAGCAAGCCUUGUGCCUCUGUCAACAAAUCUGUCUUGAAGAAGGAAUUCCCAAGAAUGGCUAAGACUGUUGUCAACCAGGUUGCAGACAACUUCUACAGACCAGACUUGAAGAAGGCUGCUCUCGCUAGGCUUAAUGUGAUCCACAGAAGCCUUAAUGUUGCGAAAUCCGGUGUCGAGAAGAGGAACAGGCAGCCCACCAAGAGGGUAUAACUUAUAAGGACUCCGUCCUUCUAAAUCUCAGAACAAUGCACUCACAUUUUGUAAUGGAUUUUUCUACGAGAUUGUUUUCAUAAAGGAGCUGGAAGUAAUGUUUCUAUCAUAUGGUAUGAUAUAUUUUGGUGUUUAUGUGCCAUUUUGAAGACGGGCCAAAUAAUUCUGGCCUCUUGUCUGGAA